AUGUUCCAAUUUAAAUUCCACAAAACUAAAAAAGAGAAACCUAAGAGCGACAAGGACAAAGCGUCCAGCCAAAAUUCCGCACAGUUUUUCAAGCAGUUUUUACAAGAAGCCAAAGAAGAGUUCCUGAGGAAAUGGGAAACGCCAGAAAAGGCUGUGGAAGCCCUGACUGGAGUAAAACAAUCCAGGCAAACUUCGUGCGCCAUCGGCCUCGAAGCCUUCACCAGAUUAAAAACACUCGGCACUGGCAGCUUUGGUCGAGUCAUGCUCGUGCGGAUGAUCGAUGGAGAAAAAUAUUAUGCUAUGAAAAUUUUGGAUAAGUCAAAGGUCGUCAAGUUGAAACAAGUAGAACAUACGCUGAACGAGAAAAGAAUUCUUAAUGCAGUUACCUUCCCAUUUCUUGUAAAUCUUGAAUAUGCCUUUAAGGACAAUACAUAUUUAUACAUGGUGCUGGAAUAUGUUCCAGGAGGCGAAAUGUUCUCCCACCUGCGAAGAAUAGGUCGAUUUAGUGAACCGCAUGGGCGAUUUUAUGCCGCACAGAUCGUACUGGCGUUCGAAUAUCUUCAUCAUCUCGACCUUAUUUAUCGAGAUCUUAAACCAGAAAAUUUACUUAUCGACCAGCAAGGAUACAUAAAGAUCACAGAUUUUGGCUUUGCGAAGCGUGUCAAGGGACGAACGUGGACUCUGUGUGGAACUCCUGAAUACUUGGCACCGGAAAUCAUCUUGAGUAAGGGUUAUAAUAAAGCAGUGGACUGGUGGGCACUCGGAGUGCUCAUCUACGAAAUGGUGGCCGGAUAUCCUCCAUUCUUCGCCGAUCAGCCGAUUCAAAUUUAUGAAAAGAUUGUUUCUGGAAAGGUUCGAUUCCCUGCGCAUUUCUCGUCUCAUCUAAAAGAUCUUCUCCGUAACUUGUUGCAAGUUGACCUGACAAAGCGAUUCGGUAACUUGCGCGCCGCCGUGUUAGACAUCAAAAAUCACAACUGGUUCCAGGCUACUGACUGGAUUCAAACAUACCAGAAAAAGACAGAAGCGCCAUUCAUUCCAAAGAUCCUGUCAGAGGGCGAUACCUCCAACUUCGACGACUACGAGGAGGAGGAGUUAAGGAGACACGCGACCGAGAAGCACGCCAAGGAGUUCGCCGACUUCUAA